AUUGAUUGAUAAUACUGAAUACUGUUUGUCAAUGUUUGAUCUCCAUGUUCAAAUAUACGUUUUAAUUUAUUCAUUUAUUCACAAAGUGUCUUUGCAAUCUUUCCUUUUUUGAUAUUUCUGAAUCUUUGAAUCUCUUUUGUCCACACCAGGUUUGAAUUAACCCCAUGAACGAUGGAAAACGAGACUUUAGACACAGCCGUCCUGAUCCUGGAGGGGUUAAUGGUCAGCCCGCAGUCCUCUGUUCCAGCCUUCGUCAUCCUCCUCGUUCUCUACGUCUUCAUCAUGGUGUCCAACAUGGGCCUGGUGGUGCUGAUCUUCACGGACAGGAGCCUCCAUCAGCCCAUGUACCUGCUCUUCUGUAACAUGAGCAUCAACGAUGCAUUCGGGGCCUCGACCAUCAUCCCCCGCCUGCUGAGCGACAUCUUCCUUCCGAGCUCAGAGCGUUACAUUUAUUACUAUGACUGCGUGGUCCAAGCCUUCUGCGCCCACUUUCACGCCAGCAACACCCACACCGUGCUCAUGAUCAUGGCGUUCGAUCGCUACAUGGCCAUCUGCAACCCGUUGCGCUACGCCACCAUCAUGACCACCCGCAUGGUGGCGGGGCUGUCGGUGGCGGCCUGGGCCGUGUCCUUGUUCUUGGUAACGAUCCUGCUGGGCCUCAGCAUCCGCCUGUCCCGCUGCAGGAGGGUCAUUUUCAACCCGUUCUGCGACAACGCCUCCUUGUUCAAGCUUUCCUGUGAGAGCGUCCUCAUCAACAACAUCUACGGCCUCAGCUACACCGUGGUGCUGCUCGGCUCGUCCCUCGGCAGCAUCGUGCUCACCUACCUGAGGAUCGCCAUGGUGUGUCUGAGCAGCCGGAACAAGUCUGUGAACAGCCGGGCACUGCAGACCUGCGCCACCCAUCUGGCCAUGUACAUCAUCAUGAUAGUGUCAGGUAGCAUCAUCAUCAUCCUCCACCGCUUCCCUCAGCUGUCCGCCCACAGGAAACUGGCAUCCAUCAUGUUCCAUGUGGUCCCCCCCACCAUGAACGCCAUCAUCUACGGGCUACAGAUCAAAACGGUCAGAGAGAAAAUUCUCAUCCUGUUCACCAGGAACUCAGUGACUGUCGGAGAUCUACGGGUAAAUAAACUGUAAUAAAUCAAUGUUAACUUCCACUCAGCAAUUAUUCACUAUGUGCUACAUAAAAUAUCGUUAGCCCAAUAGCAAAACUGCCUAAGUCAUAUUUGAACAUUUUCAGAAAUUUUGG